AUGCAUAAGCUCUGGUACCAGCGCCUUUACAACUAUGCCACCAUUACGCUGGGCAUGACGUCAUUCAAUUACAACGCCACAUCAGACACUUACAAGCAACAGCUGUGGAUGCAGGCGUUAGCUUUGGUGGCCAAUCUGUGGACGAUCCUAUCGCUGCCUUUCAUCUUUUGGAAUGCCAUGAAGCGCUCCUCCACGAUACAAUGGAACCCCAUGAUGACCAAUAUCGAUUAUAUAACAAAUAUCAUACGCAGUUUGGCGGUGCUCUACAUCAUACUGAAACGUCCAAAAAUCGACCUGGUUAAUUACGAAGUGUUCUGCAAGUACCGACGUCUGCGGAAGACCUACCUAGCGCUGUUGCCGCGUGUGGCUUUCAUCGAACGGCGCAUGAAUUGCCUCUUAUAUGCCAAGUUUAUAAAUGUGAGCAUACUCGUCGUUAUAACCGCGGUGAUUUUCCUACAAGGCUCGGAGUUUGAGUGGACUUGGUCGAACUGUUAUUUCUUGUUGAUGGUGCUACAAACCACGACCAUACUCCGUCUGACGAUAUUCAAUUUCUUUUGGUUUUUAUGGUCUAUUUGUCAUAGCCUGAAAUACGUGCAAUGGCACAUAAGGCAUUUGUUGCAGGAAACGAGCGAUAGCGUGCGGCAUGGCAAGCGCUGGCGCCUCAACAUGUUGGCUGGCGAUGUGCAUCGCAUAUUGGAGGCACAUUGGCAGCUGUCUGAACUGGCGUGGGUGUUGAUGCGGAACUAUGGCUUUUUGGCACUUGCCGUGUUCUUGGAUGAGAUUACUUCGCUGGAACGGCAACUCUACUAUGGCAUCAUUUUUACUUUCGACCACAGAGCUGAGCUUCAUUUAUUAGUUGUUGGCACGAUUUACUUCUUUGCCAUGGUCUUUAAUAUAUAUUUGGAUUUCUUAAUGUGUGACAUAACGGUAAAGACGUAUUAUGCAUGCAUCAAUCAAUUGGGCAGUAUUUCAGCAAUGAACGUGCAAUGCAAAGCACUCGAGGAAACGGUGAGUGGUCCUGAAGUUCGGAGGAUAUGCGAUAUAUUCUUACUUAGGAUUUCAGGUGGAAAAAUGUUUUCUACGCAAUAA